CCUCCCGGCCGUGACCGGAACGGGCGGGGCCGGGGCCGGGCCGGGUGAGCGGGGCCGGGCUGCGGUCCCUGCGGACCCGGGCGGGGGUCCCUGCGCGGCCCACGCGGGUCCCCGUUCCCUGCGGCCAUUGUGACCCGGCCGGUAACCGCCGCGUGCCGCCCCCGCAGGCAUGUGGUCCGUGCUGUGGGCGGCCGUGCGCUCCAAGGCCCCGUACGUCACCUUCCCGGUGGCCUUCGUGGUGGGGCUGGUGGGCUCCCAGCUGGAGUGGUUCCUGCGCGGAGACCCCCCUGCCACGGCCCAGGAGGAGAAGAGCAUCUCGGAGCAGCGGGAGGACCGCAAGCUGCAGGAGAUCGCGGGCGAGGACCUGACCAAGGUGGUGAGCCUGAAGGACAAGCUGGAGUUCGCCCCUCGGGCCGUGCUCAACAGGAACCGGCCCGAAAAGAGUUAAUAAAGGGUGAUUUGGGCAAAGGCGGUGCCCCUGGAGCUGGGGACUCCCCUGACACCUGCACUGCUUCCACCAGCCUCCCUCUGCACCUGCUGCUCCUCACCGGAGGGUCAGGCUUGCCACCCCGUGGAUUUGCUCCAGGUUUGAUUUCUGCCAUGGUGUGAAAGUAGAAGUGUGGACCUGAGUGCCAUGGGAUGGGGUCAGGCUGACCGCCAGUGACAGGAAGAACUGCUGCCCUGCUUCCAGAUCCCCUGUGGCUCUUGAUGAACCCCAAUACAGCCCCACACCACAAUGUACUACAGCAGCCGUGGAGCUCUCUGGGGACCCUCUUCCCUGCAUCAUCCCACCCAGGAACAGUGACAGGGGGAGCUGAAAGUCUUUGUCCUGCUCCGUUGUGGUGCUCUGAGCGUGGCGAUGUGUUGGGAAUGGGGACAUCUCUGCCCUUUGCACAAUAAACUCCUGUCAGUU